AUGCUGAUCCUGCUCCUGGCGGGCUGCGACGACGACACCAUCGCGGACGAAUACGCCCUCAAUGAUAUCGAUAGUACCCGGUCGUGGGGCAUUCAGGCCACGCAGCGGUUGCUGCUGCAGCCCGGGUUGAGGGGCAAUGUGGAUGCCGUGGAGAAUGUGGUGAGGGCGAAGAGGGAGUAUAUGCUUGCUACGUUGGAGAGAUUUAAAGAGGCUUUUGGGGGGGUGGAUGGUUAUUUGAGGGGGACGGUGGGGUUGAGUAAGGGGGUGGUUGGGAGGAUUAGAGGGAAUGUGAGGGUGUGA